AUGAUCAGCAGGCAGCUCGUGCUGACCUACCUCUACCUGCUGAUCUACAUCUGCCUCUCGUCGGGCGUCAUCCUGUUCAACAAAUGGGUCCUUUCUCCUAAGUACUUCAAAUUCCCUUACCCUAUCACGCUUACAAUGAUUCACAUGGCAUUUUCUGGAAUCGUGACAUUCUUCCUUGUCCGAGUUUUUAAGGUUGUUGCACCUGUCAAGAUGACUUUCCAUAUAUAUGCCACAUGUGUAAUUCCAAUUAGUGCCUUCUUCGCUUCAAGUCUGUGGUUUGGCAACACGGCGUACUUGUAUAUUUCCGUGGCUUUCAUUCAGAUGCUCAAGGCCUUGAUGCCUGUAGCAACAUUUAUAAUGGCUGUUUUAUGUGGUACUGACAAAUUAAGAUGGGAUCUCUUCUUGAACAUGGUAUUGGUCAGUGUUGGUGUUGUAGUUUCAUCUUAUGGUGAGAUCCACUUUAAUGUGAUUGGAACGUUAUACCAAGUAACUGGUAUCUUUGCGGAAGCCCUCAGGCUGGUCCUAACUCAGGUCCUUCUCCAAAAGAAGGGCUUGACCCUGAAUCCUAUUACAAGCUUGUAUUACAUAGCCCCUUGCAGUUUCAUCUUCCUGUUUAUUCCAUGGUAUUUGCUGGAAAAGCCAGAAAUGGACGUGUCUCAAAUUCAAUUCAACUAUUCAAUAUUUUUCCUGAAUGCACUUUCUGCAUUCGCAUUGAACAUAUCCAUAUUCUUAGUUAUUGGAAGAACUGGAGCUGUCACCAUUCGAGUUGCUGGUGUUCUGAAGGACUGGAUACUUAUUGCUCUCUCAACUAUUAUCUUCCCUGAAUCCGUUAUUACAAGUCUCAACAUAAUUGGAUACGCAGUUGCGCUCUCUGGUGUUGUCCUGUACAAUUAUUUGAAGAUGAAAGAUGUCAAAGCAAACCAGCUUCCAGCAGAUAAUAAUUCUGAUAGGGCUACAAAGGACAAGAAGUCUUUAAGUAUAUUCAGGCCUGACUAUUCCAUGGACAACAAUGAUGGGACUGUAGUAGGAGGCCUGGCAUCAGAAGCUGCAGCAGUUGAUGAGGAAGCCCCUUUGAUUCCUUCUGCACGCCUCUCCUAUGUUACACGGACCCAAACAGGCAGCUUCAUUAACAGAUAA